AUGAGGCUCUACGCAAGUCUUUGGGAAGCCGAGCAUUGGGCUACAAGGGGAGGGUUAGAGAAAACGGAUUGGACAAAAGCUCCUUUCACCGCUUUCUACAGAAACUACAAUGUGGAAGGAUGUGUAUGGGCUAAUGGAAGAUCAUCUUGUCCCGCGAAUUCACCAUGGUUCACUAAAACACUCGACAAGGCAGGCAUGGAUGAAGUGAAGAGGGUGCAGGGUAAAUACAUGGUCUAUAACUAUUGCACCGAUAAGAAAAGGUUUCCUAGAGGUGUUCCUAGAGUGUGCACUUAA